GUGACCAGGACUGCAUUGGCUGCCUGUUUUUUUCUAAGAGUCCCAAACUAUACCGAGAUUUGGAAUAUUAGGUUACAGUCCUGCAAGGAAAAUGGCGACAGUCAUUCAUAAUCCUCUGAAAUCGCUGGGCGACCAGUUCUACAGGGAGGCCAUCGAACACUGCCGCAGCUACAAUGCCCGCCUCUGCGCCGAGCGGAGCGUGCGCAUGCCCUUCCUGGACUCACAGACCGGCGUGGCACAGAACAACUGUUACAUCUGGAUGGAGCCGCGCCACCGUCUACCAGGACAAGCUGCAGGACAGAUGUACACCUACCCGGCCCGUUGUUGGAGAAAGAAACGGCGGCUGCACCCUCCCCUGGACCCCCAGCUCCGCUUGUGUGAGCUACGACUCGAAGCCGAGCUGGCCCCGAAGCGGGAGGGCCCCCCGGGGGAGGCCACGGCCCUGGAGGCCCUGCUGAGGGGGGACAGUCUGCUGGAGAAGACCAACAGCCUCACCACGGAGGAGGAGACCCUGCUGGAGAUACAGAGAGUUCUGGAGGCAGACGAGAACGGGGAUGGGUUCCAAGACGAAGACGACUUUGAGGUGGACACUCCAAAGAGGAAGAACAGGAACAGAAAGGGCAGAAGUUCCAGUCGCAAGAAGGCAGAAGCAGCUGCAACCGAAGACCAGGAUAAGCCUUACGUCUGCGACAAUAGACACAAACAAAAGCAUAACUCAAAAAGGGCCGAAGAAGUCUGCGGGAAGCGGUACAAGAACCGGCCCGGUCUCAGCUACCACUACACCCACACCCACCUGGCGGAGGAGGAAGGGGAGGAGGAGAAGGAGCCCGAGUUACCAGAGCCCUCGCCCCCCCGGCCCAGCAACCACAAACCCCAGAAGGCGGUGGACGGCAGCAUCAUCCCCAACGACUACUGUGACUUCUGUCUGGGGGACCAGGAGGGCAACCGCAAGACGGGCCAGGCUGAGGAGCUGGUGUCCUGCUCCGACUGCGGCCGCUCCGGUCACCCAACGUGUCUGCAGUUCACAGAGAACAUGAUGACGGCGGUGAAGACGUACCAGUGGCAGUGCAUCGAGUGCAAGUCCUGCAGCAUAUGUGGAACCUCAGAGAAUGACGACCAACUGCUGUUCUGUGACGACUGUGACCGGGGCUACCACAUGUACUGCCUGAAGCCGCCAAUGAACCAUCCCCCAGAAGGGAGCUGGAGCUGUCACGUGUGUUUGGAUCUGUUAAAGGACAAAGCUUCAGCCUACGAAGAACCAUAACAUCCCGGUUCUCUGUCUCUCACACACACACACACACUCACACACACACACACACACACACACACACACACACACACACACACACACACACACACACACACACAUACACACACACACACACACACACACACACACACACACACACACACACACACACACACACACACACACGACUUAGAGUGCAUUAACAGGCUCAGGGCCGUUUAAAGGGUUUCCUGUGUUAGGAGCAGAUAUUCUCUACCUCUAGUUUAUUCAAAGGAACAACACUUCUAGACCCAAAUGCAUAAAAUACAAAUACUACACCCCCGACACGCGAUAUACAGCUGGGCAACAGAGAGCCUGUGACUCCUCUACCUCGUCAUGUCCGACAAAACUGACAAAACUGUCAGAACAAGAUUGGUAUUGGUUUAUUGGUAUUAGCAUUGGCGAUAUAUUUUGGGAAAAUUACUUCCCCCGGUUUCAAGCAGCACGUCCUCAGAUUGUCACUUGUUUUUAUAUUAUUAUGAUUUAUCAUGCAGACUUUCUUCCAGAAGAACUAUUGGAUCUUCCUUUGAGGCUGAUAAUGCCGUCGGUCACAUUUGUCAAGCUAAACUGUCAUUUAUUUGUAUUGCAGAGAUUGAUUUUUAGUAUGACGCAUAAAGGUGACGUCUAAUGUAACAUGAAAAGAGAAAAUAUAUAUGUUUCAUGCAUUUCCGAAAUAAUGCAAAACUGUGUCCUCUUUCUGUCAUUGCUGUCAUCCAUCAACAACUCAAACCCCCUUUUUGGUUCAACUUUGCUCGUGCCUGUUUUUACAAAUUAUCCAAAUGAAAGAGUCUGUUAUAUGAAAAGAAUAUAUACAUUUUAGACCUGAGCCGUUUGCACUGCCAGACAGUCUUGGAAAAAAGUCUUUAUAUUAACAAAUGUGUAUGUAUUUGGUCAAAACAUUGGUUACACUCCUGAUUGCUUACAGAUAAUGAAUAGACUACAAAUUGCAUCAUGAAUAUAUGAAGACAAUGCACCCAGAAUAAGCUCUGUCAUCAUAGUAACAGAUAUAGUGCUUCCUACCAUACAUCCCCAAAUGUUUCUAUAAAACACAUGAUUGUUAAAUUGCUUAUAACCUUAACAGGACAUUUCAUUCUGUUACACUUUUGGUUGUGUUUUUAUUAUUUUUAUGUGAUCUUGCUUUUCCACAGACAAUCAUGACGUAGCAUAGAACCAUAAUGUUAAUAAUGUGAAAAGUUUUUAUUGUGCUUCUUUUAAUAUCAACUAUAAUGAUUUCUUUAUUUACCCAUUUUUUGUAAAUGUUUUUGAUGUCCUUCGUAUUUGAUGCCAGCAGUGAUUCAACGUCAUACAAUUGUAGUUUGUUAAUGUUAACGUUUCGUUGUUUUGUGAAAAUUAAAGAAUUUUCCACAGAUCUUACUUAUUCACUUUAUGAUAAUGCUACAAAUGGUGUGAAAUGAGUAAGAUACAAUCUAGAUAUUAGAAUCAACAUUAACGUUUGCUAUUUGAAUACAACAGCGUGAAGAGCCAAUUGUAAAUAUUUUACUCAUUCAUCCCAUUUUCUUGUGAGUCCAUAUAGAUCUACUUUAAGUAUAUAUAUAUGAUCUAGUACUCCCCGAUUGCAAUAGCCACGGUUAAAUUAUUAUUGUUUAGGUGACUGUUUUGUAGGAUUAUUCUGACCUAUGUGUAAUGUACUAAACGCGAUUUUAUAUGUUUCACUCUAUUAUCUGAAAUUAGGCCUUUUAAGAAAUUCUGUAUUUUUUUUUACUUUUGUUUAAUUCGU